CAACGAUGAGAAACUAGCUUGGAGACUUUCCUCGAUGCUGGCUCGUCCUCCUCCGAUGUCAUCGCGCCGCGUUGCCGUGAUAGGCGCAGGAGCUGCCGGCCUGGUGGCGGCGCGUGAGCUGAGGCGCGAAGGCCACGUUCCCGUCGUCUUAGAGCGCGCCGCGGCCAUUGGCGGCACCUGGCGCUACGACGCCGGCGUUGACGCCCACUCCAGCGUCUACGCCUCUCUCCGCGUCAACAGCUCCCGCGAGUGCAUGGGCUUUCUCGAUUUCCCCUUCGUUGCUGGCACCGAGGGCGACCCGCGCAGGUUCCCGGGGCACGGGGAGGUGCUCCGGUACCUCGAAGCGUUCGCGCUGCGGUUCGAUCUCCAUGAGCUGGUCCGGCUCCAGACGGAGGUGGUCAGCGUCCGCCGCAGGGUCCAUAACGCGGGCGUAGCGGGAUGGAGUGUCUCGUACUGCUCGAGAAAGGUCGCCGGCGUCGGUAACGGGGUAGAGGAGGAGGUGUUCGACUCCGUGGUUGUCUGCAACGGCCACUUCACCGAGCCCCGCCUCGCCGACAUCGCCGGCAUAGAUGGCUGGCCAGGGAAGCAGAUGCACAGCCACAGCUACCGUGUCCCAGACCCAUUUCACGGGCACGUUGUGGUGGUAGUAGGAUACCGGAGCAGCGGAUUUGACAUUUCGAGGGAAAUUGCUGGGGUCGCCAGAGAGGUCCAUGUUGCCGAUCGCUCGCUACCUUCAGCUGAUUCCACGUGUGAGACUGCCCGCUGUGACAACCUGUCGUUUCAUCCGGUGAUCGAGCGUGCUGAGGAAGAUGGCGGCGUGGUGUUCCAGGACGGCACUCGGGUGAAGGCGGAUGUCAUCAUCCACUGCACAGGAUACAAGUACAACUAUCCAUUCCUCAGUGACGACAACUCUGUUAUCUCUGUUGACGACAAUCGUGUGGGCCAGCUAUACAAGCAUGUCUUCCCGCCGCACUUGGCUCCUCACAUCUCAUUCAUCGGAUUGCCCUUUAAGGGUAUCCUUUUCUCUGUGUUCCAACUCCAAAGCAACUGGGUUGCCGGAGUUCUGUCAGGAAGGAUCGAGCUGCCAUCACAAGAGGAGAUGAUGCGGGAUGUGGUUGUAUUUUACUCAGAGUUGGAAGCUCGCGGUUGCCCCAAAAGAUACACUCAUGACCUUGGAGGAGGCACUACGUAUGAGUAUGACGAUUGGCUCGCGGAGCAAUGCGGGCAAGAGGGUAUAGGCGGGUGGAGGAAAGCGAUGUACAUUGCGGCGAGGAAGAAUGUGGUGAAUCGCCCGGGGAACUACCGGGACGAAUGGGACGACAGCCACUUGCUACCACAAGCGCACCAGGAAUUCACCAAGUAUUUUUGACUGGUUUCCGAUAGAGAAUUAUCGUACUCCCAUCUAUCUGUAUUGUUGCUAAAAUGGCAAGGUCUCCAUUCUACCUCCUCGCCUCACGC